AUGACGACGACAAAAACGGUACCGAAUCAACAAAAGAAACGAAAACUGGUCGGGUACUCAAACUUUAAACGCGCGAAUCCGCGUUCGGAUUUGUUCCCCGUCACGCGUUUCCACUCGAUUGAGUUUUUCUGUCAAGACGCGAAAACGACCGCGAAUCGAUUCGCCAUCGCGCUCGGGAUGAACGUCAUCGGUCUGAGCGAUCAAACGACGACCGGGAAUGUGAUUUAUAACUCGUACGCGAUGAAAAGUAACGAGCUGGUGUUUGUGUUUACCGCGCCGGUGAUGACGGAGGAAAAAGGGUACGGGAGAGACUUAGAAGGCGAGAAGGAGGAGAAAAAUGUGAGCGACGAUGAAACGACGAAAGCAAUCGAGGAAGAAAAAGCUUUAGCGAAACAGUUCGUCGAGAAACACGGCUUAGCGGUGAAACGCGUGUGUGUGAGAGUGAAUGAUUGCAAAGAGGCGUACGCAGUGAGCACGAAAAAUGGUGGCGUGAGUGUUCGCGCGCCGAGAACGCUGAGGAAUAGGAAAGACGGACGCGAAGCGACGGUGGCGGAAGUCGCGCUGUACGGAGACGUGGAGUUGAGGUUCGUGGAAGAUGCGACGACGCAUUUGGACGACGAUGAGACGUAUAGGUAUUUAGAUUACGAUGCAGUCGAACAAGAACAAGAAGAACAGAGCUGUAAAAGUGAGAAGAGGAAUUACGGUUUGAAACGUUUGGACCAUUGCGUCGGGAACGUGAGCGAUUUGAUCGAAACCGUGGAAUACAUCGAAAAGAUGUUAGGAUUCCACGAGUUUGCCGAAUUUGUCGCCGCGGAUGUUGGAACUGUCGACUCUGGGUUAAACUCCAUGGUUUUAGCGAAUAACGACGAGUUUGUCUUGCUUCCGGUAAACGAACCGACGUUUGGAACGCGACGCAAAUCGCAAAUUCAGACGUAUUUAGAAGCCAACAACGGCGCGGGCGUUCAACAUUUGGCGUUGAAAACAGACGACAUUAUUCACACCGUCACGGAAAUGAAAAAAUAUUCUGGCAUGUUUGGUGGCUUUGAUUUUCAACCGCCCGCGAGUGAGAAGUAUUACCAAAACUUGAAAGCCAAAGUUGGCGACGCGUUGUCCGACGAAACUUUGAAAGAGUGCGAACGCUUAGGUUUGUUGGUAGAUAAAGACGACCAAGGCGUGCUGAUUCAGAUUUUUACAAAACCACUCACGGAUAGACCGACGAUAUUCAUCGAGAUUAUUCAACGCAUCGGUUGCGAAUAUCCGAAAGAAGAGAAGAAGGAACAAGCGGCUGGGUGCGGGGGAUUCGGGAAAGGUAACUUUGCCGAGUUGUUCAAGAGCAUUGAAAACUACGAAAAGAGUUUAGAAGAGGCGAAGAAUCAAGCGCCCACAGUGGCGGGCAAAUAA